UUGAAACGUUUUAACCGUUUAACGACGUUCGAUAAUCUCUUGGAUAUUUUCAAUAUAACUUCGAUAUAAACGGAUUCGUAGAACAUCGUGAGAAAUUUGAACCUAUUAUAUCCGGUGAUUGUGCAAAACAUAAUCAGUCGUGCCAUAUAAUAGGAGUAUAAUGUUUUAGUACAGGAAUAAGUAUAAUAUGCAUAAUAAAUUGGUUCGAAAUUCAGCGGUUGUAUCGAAAUGUCGAUAAUUAUAUCGCAAUCGAAGGCAUAGGUGGUAUCGGUGCAUCGAAAUAACUAUCGAACGUAUCGAGAUUAGAGUCGAAAAAUACGUAGAAUCGAGACAUCGAUAUAUCGUAUCAGCCAUAGUCAAUCAAUUGAUAAGGCAUUAAAUUUAAGCUAGGCUUUUGAUUAGUCGAUAGAUUCGCAGAGAAUGCUUCGUUAACAAAAGUUAAUAUUUUGUUAAAAGUCUGAGCAGCGUUUUGUUUUAUUCACGAAGAAAAAUAGCCGAAGAUAAGGUUAGUCGGUGGACGAGAUCGCGUUUCAUCGAUGAUCCUAACCUACAAUAAUAAGGAAAAGCGUGAAGCAGGUUUUUGGCUCGUCGAAUAUACGCUCGGUGAGAUCGACGGAAGAAAGAGCAAGUUGAACGGUCGAUCGUUGACGAAUAAUUGGUCGACGUCGUCGUCAUUGUCAUCAUUGGCGAUUACGUGGUCGAAACGAGUGGCAUGCUGGGCAAGACGAAGACGAUGCCAACACGGCUACGAUAUAUCCUCUUGUUCGUUGAACGUUACGUGUUUUGGAAACAGAAUAAAGUGAAAUAGUGUUUACUAUUUAAUAGCGUAACUAUUAAAAGUUAAUAUAUUUAGACGCGCAUCUCGCACGAAAAUCUCUGGUACAUCGAAACUCGAUUUUUAACGAAUUUACGUUAUAUCUUGUUUCGUGGUUAAAUUAGAUAAGGUCAUUAACGAUUUGUUUUGCGAUUUCAAAGAUUUCAGUUGGAUAUUCGCACCGCGUUUAACGCGCGCACACAGGUACAACCACAUUCGGGAGAGCAGGCAGAGGCAAGGACCGAGGUGGAGACGUAGACAGUAGCACAGAUUAUCCGGAAGAUAUAUUUGGGACAUAGAAUCGCAGGAUGCGACUUGUUGGCGGAGAAAAGUUAAUCGAUAUUCAAAGUAAUCCUAGUAACGUAAGAAAUAUUUGUAUAUUGGCUCACGUCGAUCAUGGAAAGACCACGUUGGCGGACUCGUUGGUUGCCAACAAUGGAAUCAUUUCUAGUAAACUGGCUGGGAAACUACGAUAUUUGGAUAGCCGUCCGGACGAGCAAUUAAGAGGAAUUACGAUGAAAUCAAGUUCCAUCAGCCUUUAUUACGAGUAUCACCGACAGCAAUUCUGCAUCAACUUGAUAGAUUCUCCGGGACACGUGGAUUUCGCUUCGGAAGUUUCAACGGCGGUUAGGCUUUGCGACGGCGCGAUAAUCGUGGUGGACGUGGUAGAAGGCGUGUGUCCGCAAACUCGAAGCGCGCUCUCGAUUUCGUACGCGGAAGGGUUGAAACCGAUUUUGGUAUUGAACAAAGUCGAUAGACUGAUCACGGAAAUGAAACUGUCACCGUUGGACGCGUACAUGCAUCUGAGUCAAGUUUUGGAGCAAGUAAACGCGGUAAUGGGCGAACUGUUUGCCAGCGACGUGAUGGAACGAGAGGAAAAAGUGGAGGGAAGAAAAGAGAGCGAAGAGAGGGUCGGCGAUAAAAAUUUCUUGACCGCCGAAUGGCAGUCCGCAUUGGACGAGAUAGACGAUUCCGGUUUAUACUUUUCUCCCGAUCAAGGGAACGUUUUGUUUUCCAGCGCCACGGACGGUUGGGGAUUCGGCGUGAAAGAAUUCGCCAGGAUAUUUUCGAAGAAAUUGGGUUUUAGCGAACAGGUAUUAUCGAAGACGCUUUGGGGAGAUUAUUACGUGAAUUCGAAGACGAAAAGAAUCAUGAAAGGUGCUCAGGAAAAAGCGAAGAAACCGCUGUUCGUUCAGGUAAUAUUGGAGAACAUUUGGGCGUUGUACGAAACGAUCACGGUGAGAAAGGACAGGGAAAAGGUGGCUCUGAUGGCCGACCGAUUGGAUAUCAAAUUAACGAGCAGAGAUUUAAGGCAUACCGAUAGCAAGGCUCAGUUGCGAGCCGUUUGCUCUCAGUGGUUGCCUUUGGCCGACGCUUGUCUCGAGGCGAUCUGCGAGAAAGUUCCGGCACCCGACAGUUUGUCCUCCGAAAAGGUGGAACGUUUGUUGAGCGGCAAUUUCGAUUAUUCGACGCUGCCAGACGAAACGCGACAAUUGAAGGCAGCGUUUCUGGCUUGCGACCCAUCCGAGGACGCACCCGUGAUCGUGUUCGUAUCGAAAAUGUUUCCCAUCGAGAAGAAAGCGUUGCCGGAGAACAAACCGAAACCGUUAACCCCGGAAGAGUUGGCGGAGCGGAGGCAAAUGGCGCGAAUGAAACACGCGGAGAAAGCGAAGAGAGAAGAACGGACAGAGGUGGCCGAAACGGAUCGUUCGAAUUCCGAGGAUAAAUCGUUGGACAAGUGUUUGGAAGAGAAGUCGAACGAACGGAAGGAAGAGGAAAGUUCGGAAAGCGCGUUGAUAGCGUUCGCGAGAAUUUAUUCCGGGUGUUUGAGGAAAGGAAGCACGGUGUUCGUUCUGGGGCCGAAACACGAUCCUCGCGAGGCGCUGGAACGCGCGCGAGCCGGCGAGCCAAUGGCCGAGGAGAAGGUGACGUUGAAAGAUCUGCGACCAGGACGACACGUGACCAAGGUGACCGUGCAACGGCUGUAUCUUUUGAUGGGAAGAGAAUUGGAAGCGACGGAUAAAGUGUCCGCCGGUAACGUAUUCGGGAUAGGCGAUUUAGAGGAACACGUGCUGAAAACGGCCACUCUUUCAACGACCGUCGCUUGUCCACCGUUCGCGGAACUAACUUCGCUCGGCGUGCCUAUAAUGCGGGUGGCGCUCGAACCGAAACACUCGAACGAUUUGCAAGCGCUGAUAAACGGUUUGAAAUUGCUUAACCAGGCGGACGCUUGCGCGCUCGUUCACAUACAGGAAAGCGGAGAGAUCGUAUUGAGCACUGCCGGCGAGGUACACCUGGAGAGAUGCUUGGAGGACUUGAGAAGCAAGUACGCGAAAGUCGAGAUGAACGUAUCGGAGCCUAUCGUACAAUUCAGGGAAACUGUCGUGCCGCCUCCGAAACUGGACAUGGUGAACGAGGCGAUCGAGAAGAAGAUCGAAGAAUCCUGUUUCGCCGGCUGGACUGCCGAUCGACGUUGUUAUUUCGAGGUCGACGCGAGACCUUUGCCGGAGCGAGUGACCAAGAUCUUGGAGAAGCAGGCGGAUUUAAUAAAGGCGCUCUAUUACCGAUACGGUAAAUCGUUGUCGGAAAAGGCGAACGAAACGGAAAAAGAUAGGACCGACGAGUCGACGCGCUCGAUGUCCGAAAGGAAGCAAAGGGAAUUGGAGUCGUUCAAGAGCGAGUUAGCGGCUGCUUUUCGCGAAGCUGGAGAAAAAGAUACGUUGGAUCGGAUAUGGUCGUUCGGGCCAAGGAACUGCGGCUCUAACGUUCUGCUGAACGAAACCGACUAUAAGCAACGAAAGUUUUGGGAGGGACACCGAAAAUCGAGCGAUCCACGCGCUUCAUACGAAAGCGGAAUGGUGAAUGGUUUCCAGCUGGCGACGUUUGCCGGUCCUUUGUGCGAAGAACCUAUGACGGGUGUUUGUUUCGUCGUGAAGAAAUGGGAAAUUUAUCGAGACUCCGGCAGAAGAAAUAACGCGUGUGUCGGUAGCGAAAGUAACGGGCAAACUCAGAGUCACGCAGAUGGUCAUUUGAUAUCGACGUUCAAAGAAGUUUGUCGCCGCGCGUUUAACUCCAGGCAUCCUCGACUAGUCACACCGAUGUAUACCUGCAGCGUUCUGGUCAAUUCGGACGUACUGGGUGAUCGAACAGGAUCCUUACUGGACACCGUCCACGGACGAGGAAUACCUUCAUUUUGGCGACAAACCCGACAGCGAGAACAGAGCCAAGAAAUACAUAGAUGCUGUCCGUCGGCGAAAAGGAUUACCCGUGGAUUCUCAGCUCGUUAUGCACGCGGAGAAACAACGGACCCUUUCGAAGAAAAAAUAAUUACGAUUCGAGCUAUUUUCAUACGGUAUAACGUGAGAAAACGAAAGUACGCCAGCUUCGGAAACAUUCUCGAUUCUUUCUACGAAUCGAUCUACGCGUCUUCCUUUUAUUUCUCUAAACGAUCGACUAUUCUCUUACGUUCUAUGCAUAUUGAUAUGGAAAACGGAACAAAUGUAACCUUUACUUUCCGAUCGUUAUCUUCGCAAACAUAUUUAUUUACGAUUCGUUUCUCCCCACGAACUUUUGCGAAUUACUUUCUACUGUAGGCGCGAUGCACUGUCUACGAUUAAACUCCUGCUUCUGUUUCA